UCGUCACUGAACUGUCAUUGCAACGAAUCAGGCAUCUAUAGCAACGCUGGUGUCAAUGUCGCUGUGGGAGUGUCCGCAUUUAGCCAAGGGCUGCGCAACUCGGUGUCAGUAUUUCGGGAAUACGUGUCCUGAUCGAUUGUUAUAAAACUAAUUGGAAGCAAAUGUCACUCCGUACUGGCAAGAAUAAUCAGUUUCCGGCAUCUGCUGAGCCUAAAGGAGCAGUUGUAUUCACAGGACCAGAUGCUUCAAGAGAUUUCAGACCAAAAUUCUCUGACUUUCCUUACUACAUUGGUGAGACUCAACAUGUAUCUGCUGAAAAUACUGGAAAUCUAAACUACUUAUAUCGUGCUGCACCUUAUGGUUCAUAUCAGAUACCCAAGCAACACUACGUGGGAGAGAUUGGCUGGGGAUGGUGUUUAGGCCUGAAACUAAACAAAUCCAAUCUCUUAAGUGGCAUGCAAUUCAAGCAAGGAGAGUUCCGACAGCAGGCUGCAGACAAAAUAACUCAUCGUUAUCAAAAUCCAUGGCAACAACCUCCAGCUGUUCUUGAUCAGCAAAGACUUGGCAGAGCUUUUCUGGCAUGGCCGCUUAAGAAAUUUAGAGACCCCAGAGAAUGCACAUGGCGUAAAAAAGCUGCAGUGAGCCCAUUUUGUGAGAGUGGCAUCGAUACUCUUUAUGCAAGUCAAGAUGGUGAGAAACAAGACAUCUGUAAAGAAGAAGACAAAGAUCCACUUGACCUUGAAGAACAAAGAUUCAUCUCUGAUGAUAUUUAAUUCAGGAUUUCCCACUCAUUACUUUUUUCCACAAGUAUAGCUGGAAAUCCAGCCAAAUUCUAUGUUCCGCAAGAUUAAUGACUCCAUUUUGACUCAAGUGGAAGUUAGUUUAUGUAAAUUUUGAAUUGACUUAAUUUGAAGUCAUUAGUAUUUAGAAAUCUUGUUAGAAGCAAAUUUGUAUCUCAAAUUCCACUAGAAAAUUAUCAGAGGUUUAGUCAUUUCUGGCAAAAACAAUAAAGCUAGGUUUAUCAAAGCUUCAGUUGCAGAAUAUUCUUUCUUUUAAUCCAUUGCUAAAGUUAAUAAACUUGCAUUAUUCACAGUUGCAGGCAGGCCAAGAGAGCUCAGGUUUUUUUCUCUUUGUGGUGUACGUAAGUGCCUUGUAGGCUAAAUACAAAGUUUAAAUCAACAAUUCCAUUAAUUCUUAAACAACAUAAGUGGCAAGUAUUAACAUUCAAAAUCAAUCCAAUGAGGUAACAGUUCUUUACAAAGUUCCUUGGGCACGAGAUUCAAACUGAACUAAAUCAACUUAAGAACAAAUGACCACGGGCCCAAUCUUGAACAUUCUAAAUUGACCCAUAGCAGGAGAAGUUGGGUAUGAUAGAAAAUUUUGAAGCCAGCAGUUAUUAGGUACAGAGAACAAUGGAUAUCAAGGUCAAAGUGAUCAGAAAGGUUCAGGGGGAGCCAGCUACAAUCAGCCUGAGAGUUGUGUAUUGGAGAAAUAUCAAACAAACUUUCUGGUACCUUGACUUCCAGCGAGUACUUGAGAACAUGCACUUUACACCUCCCCGGCAUGGCAACAGUGAAGGGUGUUGGCACAACUCCAUUGGAUGCUUUGAACCCAACUCAUGACCCCAUUGGCCAAAGGCCGCAGAACAUUCAGGAAGUUUUGGGGCGAGAAAGCCACUUGCUUAAUGAAGACUUGGAGCAAGACUCAUAGCAGAAGACUGUGCAGCAUCCAAAGACGACCCAGGAGAUGAUCUGCCCUGAUUUGCGAGAUCCACCUUUGUGGAAGAGAGCCAGCCCUAUGUUGGAGGGGAAGGCAAUUCCAACAGCCCAGCUCAAACACAUGGAUCAUGAUGGAUAAUGUCCUUUCUCAGACAGACAGAGUUAGAUAAAGAGUUUUAAAGAAUUUGGGAAAUGCUCACUUGGUGCUUUU